AGCGCACACUGCCUCUGACUCAGACUCACCCUCAGCUUUCAGUUGUCUCCACCUGAGGGACUUAAGACAGGAGAGGGUAGAGGAACCGAAGGAUAAGCACGAGAUCAGCAACUCUCACAUCAGGGUCCCCAACAGGAGCAACAACAGCAAGAGAGCUGUGCAGAGCACCUGCUCCUCAUCUGUGGAGGAAACUACUAAUACCUCAGCAGUGACCACCUCUUCUGCCUCCUCUAGUUUCCCUUCCUCCUGUUCCACCUUCUCGGCUCCAAGAUCCAUGUGGCAAGAGGCAAUAAGGAGGAAGCGGUAUCUCCUGGACCGGGCAGGGGAUUCUGGUGAAGGAGAUAAAGGAGGGGGACGAGGUCACGAGAAGAGGAACAGUUCCCCGGAUUGGCUGUAUGAGUCCUACUACUGUAUGAGCCAGCAGCACCCUCUGAUUGUGUUCCUGCUGCUCAUAGUGAUGGGAGCCUGCCUGGCUCUGCUGACUGUGUUUUUUGCUUCAGGACUGAACAUUGAGGACCACGUGACAUUUGUGAUCACUGUGCCCACAGCGCUGGCUAUCUUCCUGGCGGUUUUUGUACUCGUCUGCAUUGAGUCCAUUUUCAAGAAGCUUCUUCGGGUUUUCUCCCUGGUCAUCUGGGCAUGCUUGGUUGCCAUGGGUUACCUGUUUAUGUUUUCUGGCGGGAUCAUCUGUCCGUGGGAUCAGGUGUCAUUCUUCCUGUUCAUUGUGUUUGUGGUAUACACCAUGCUGCCGUUCUCCAUGCGGGACGCCAUCAUCGCCAGUGUCCUGACGUCCGCCUCUCACACCAUUGUGUUGAGUGUCUGCCUGUCCACCACAGCUGACCACAUGGAACCAGUCGUCUCGCAGAUUGUGGCCAAUAUUAUCAUUUUCAUGUGCGGCAACAUGGCGGGAGCGUAUCACAAACAUCUGAUGGAGUUGGCCCUUAAACAGACUUAUCAUGACACAUGCAACUGCAUCAAGUCCCCAAUUAAGCUGGAGUUUGAGAAGAGACAACAGGAGCGUCUCUUGUUGUCUCUGCUGCCAGCUCACAUCGCCCGGGUGAUGAAAGCCGAGAUCAUUCAGAGACUGAAGGGUCCAAACUUCGGCCAGAUUGAGAACACAAACAAUUUUCACAAUCUCUAUGUGCAGAGACACACUAAUGUCAGUAUACUCUAUGCCGAUAUUGUGGGCUUCACACGGCUGGCCAGUGACUGCUCACCUGGAGAGCUGGUGCACAUGCUGAAUGAGCUGUUUGGCAAAUUUGAUCAAAUUGCCAAGGAAAAUGAAUGUAUGCGGAUCAAAAUCCUCGGUGACUGUUACUACUGUGUGUCCGGCCUGCCCGAGUCUCUGCCGAACCAUGCAAAGAACUGUGUGAAAAUGGGUCUGGACAUGUGUGAGGCCAUCAAGAAAGUGCGAGAUGCCACUGGGGUUGAUAUCAACAUGCGCGUCGGUGUGCAUUCUGGGAAUGUCCUGUGUGGAGUGAUUGGACUUCAGAAAUGGCAAUAUGAUGUUUGGUCACAUGACGUCACGCUGGCCAACCACAUGGAAGCAGGAGGUGUACCCGGGCAAGUCCACAUCACCUCAGUGACACUGGAGCACCUGAAUGGUGCCUAUAUGGUGGAAGAUGGGGACGGGCAAGAACGAGACCCCUACCUGAAGGAGCAUGGAGUCAUCACUUAUCUGGUCAUCAACCCAAAGGUGGAGCGUCGGAGCAGCCCGCAUCAUUAUUACCGCUCCAGACACACUGUGGACGGAGCGAAGAUGAGAGCCUCCGUCAGGAUGACUCGCUACCUUGAGUCCUGGGGAGCCGCCAAGCCGUUUGCCAACCUGCACCACAGAGACAGCAUGACUAAUGACAAUGGGAAGAUCAACACAGCUGAUGUGCCGAUGGGGCAGUCUCACUUCCAGAGGAGAUCAGAAAGAACAAAGUCUCAGAAGAAACGUUUUGAGGAGGAACUGAACGAGAGAAUGAUCAGGACCUUUGAUGGGAUAAAUUCGCAAAAACAGUGGCUCAAGUCCGAAGACAUUCAGAGAAUAUCGUUAUUCUUUCACAACAAAUCCUUGGAGAAGGAGUACAGAGCAACAACCUUGCCAGCCUUCAAAUACUAUGUCACCUGCGCCUGUUUGAUCUUUUUCUGCAUUUUUAUUGUGCAGAUUCUCGUCCUGCCAAAGACAGCUAUCUUGGGGAUAUCCUUUGGAACAGCUUUUAUUAUUCUUUCCAUGAUCCUUCUCAUAUGUUUUAUUGGACACUUCCUGCAAUGCAGUAAAAGUGCCUCCAGUUCUUGGAUGUGGCUGCUGAGGUCAUCAGUCAUUAUUGCCAACAAGCCAUGGCCCCGCAUCACCCUCACCAUGACAACUACAGCACUAAUACUCAUAAUGGCAGUCUUCAACAUGUUUUUUUUAGAAGACAAUGUGCUGCCUCCUGUUCCUGUUUACAAUUCAUCCAAUGAAACAAAGUUUUACCUUAAUGGACAACGAAUUACCUUUACGGGCCAAAACAACUUCUACCUUCCCUAUUUAAUUUACAGUUGCAUUCUGGGCCUCAUCUCUUGCUCUGUGUUCCUGAGGAUAAACUACGAGCUGAAGAUGAUUAUCAUGUUGACAGCUGUUGUGGUUUACAAUGUCAUUAUUCUACAAACACACGCCUCUCUGCUGGAUGAAUACAGCCGAUUUCUCUACAAGACGGAAAACCUGGACAGACCAGGAGUUCUCAAAGACCUCAAGACGAUGGGCUCUAUCUCCCUCUUUAUCUUCUUCAUCACUCUGCUUGUACUUGCCAGACAGAAUGAAUAUUACUGUAGGUUAGACUUUCUGUGGAAGAACAAGUUCAAGAAGGAGUGUGAGGAGAUUGAAACCAUGGAAAACCUCAACCGGGUUCUGUUGGAGAAUGUCCUGCCUGCACACGUUGCAGAACAUUUCCUGGCACGCAACUGGAAGAAUGAGGAUCUGUAUCACCAGUCCUAUGACCUGGUGUGUGUCAUAUUCGCCUCCAUCCCCGACUUUAAAGAGUUCUACACGGAAUCGGACGUCAACAAAGAAGGAUUAGAGUGUCUCAGGCUCCUCAACGAAAUCAUUGCCGAUUUUGACGAGCUGCUGUCGAAACCUAAAUUCAGUGGUGUGGAAAAGAUCAAGACUAUUGGCAGCACUUACAUGGCUGCUACUGGCCUCAAUGCAUCACCUGGGCCCGAGUACACAUCACAGGAGCAUGACCGGCAGUACAUGCACAUCGGGACCAUGGUCGAGUUUGCAUUUGCCUUGGUGGGGAAGCUGGAUGUUAUCAACAAGCACUCCUUCAAUGACUUCAAACUUAGAGUUGGUAUCAACCACGGUCCAGUAAUAGCCGGAGUCAUCGGAGCCCAGAAACCACAGUAUGACAUCUGGGGGAACACGGUGAACGUAGCCAGCAGAAUGGACAGCACUGGAGUCCUGGGAAAGAUACAGGUGACGGAGGAGACGAGCCGCAUCCUUCUGACACUGGGCUACAUGUGCUCUUGUCGAGGCAUCAUCAACGUCAAGGGCAAAGGAGAGCUCAAGACCUACUUUGUGCAUGCAGAGAUGACCCGCUCACUGUCCCAAGGGAAUGUAAUGCCCUAAGCCCGGAGAUCAGAACAGGCUCAAUGGGCAAAAAGAACAGAUGGAGAUCAAUUCUUCUCACUGCAGUUGUAACACAAGCAAAGUGUCACACACGAAGGAAUCUGAUUUUAAUAUUGCGUUGCAAGUUAGCCAUGCUACAGCUGUAGUUGACAUUUAGGUACUCACUUGCUUUAUGUAACUAAGUGUAGCAUGAACAGCAAGAAGGCAAUAACCCCUGAAAUAUAUUUGAAUGUUGGAUCCGGAAAGGUCUGUCACUUUGCCUUCUGUAUUCUGUUCACUUUACACGAUACUUUGUAUUUUGGAUGUCAAACGAUGUACGUGAAGCAGAAGAGAAACAAAGAAAAUACUUACAUUUUCACACCAGGCCUCUUGAAGAGUUUCCAAAAGACAAGAAUGUCAGAAAUGUCAUGCUGGUGUGAUGGAUAUAAGGAUUUUUAUUUGCUUACCACGACCAAUUUCCUUUUUACACAGGGAGACAAAAAGCCAGAGAUGAAGAGCUGAUAUUCAAAGCAAAGGACACGUGUUGUCAAAGGAAAACUGCAUUUCCACGGUUGCCAAGGAGAGGCUGGUCCUGUUUAAGAAAACAGCCAGCCAACAAGGAGACACACAUAUGUGUACAUUACUCCAUCAAGCUUGUUCGAAGCACAAAGUCUUGGAUGUAUUUUACAGGUGGCACAUUAAAGGAAAACCAUUACAAAUAAGAGGCUAUGAAUAUAUUGUGAAAUUCAUGCAGGGUGGAGUCAUCUUGCUUCAGUGGAGAUUCGGGUGUUUGUUGCUGUUCAGACACUGGAACCGAAGAUGAUUUUAGUGAGAAGGCGUUUAUUUGGGAAUCCCGAGCCUGAUCUGUGUACAGGGUAGCAUUAGAGUGCAUAUGGUGGUUUUAUAACAAAAGAAAAUACUACCAAAAAAUUGUUUUAAUGUUUUAUGAUGCCAUUGUUUUUUGUAAAAACUUCAUUAAAAUUUCUAUGUAUGUAA